UUUAUUGGUUAUUGGUACCAUUGCAGAUUGUAAAACCAGGCUGUGGCAUGGAAACACGGCCAGAAAGAGGGUCUCUAGUGAAGCUUUCGUAUUCUGGAAAGCUUGAUGAUGGAACUGAAGUAGACACUUGUGAAUGCAAAGAGUUCGUACUUGGGGAUGGUGAUAUGAUACAUGGUUUAGAAAUGGCAGUGACAUUAAUGGAGCUUGAAGAAACAUGUGAGCUCAAAAUAAAUGCUCGAUUUGCCUAUGGCGAGCGUGGACGGCUGCCAGACAUCCCAUCCAAUGCUACCGUUACAUAUCAGCUAUCCCUCUUAGGCAUAUAUGAUGCACCAGACUUGGACAGUCUACUCCUAUCUGAUCGCAUCGCUAUGGGAGACAGUAAAAGAGAACGAGGAAACUACCUGUACUCUAGAGAAGAAUACAGCGACGCAAUCAACUCGUACUCAAAAGCCUUGAAAGUAUUGGAUGACUCCAACAUUCGUCACAGCAAGGAAGAGUCGACAACUUCUCUCCAGGAGCUGCAAGACUUGCGAUUAAAGUGCUUCAACAAUCUCGCAGCUGCACAGCUCAAGAUCGACGCUCAUACUGCUGCACUGCAGUCGUGCGAUAAUGUUCUAAAAGUUCAGCCUGACAACGUCAAGGCUCUCUUUAGGAAGGGCAAGGUUCUUGGAGCUACGGGUGAAACGCAGGAAGCCAUACUCGUGCUGCGAAAGGCCCUCAAACUAGAACCAGAAAUGAAGAUCAUUCACCAGGAGCUGUCUCGUCUUGUCGGUAAGCAUCAGAGAGAAGAGGAGUCAAGUAAGGAGAUGUACAGGAGGAUGAUGGGUGAGAUGACAACACUGACAGAUAAAUCAACCAAUUCCAAGAACACUUCAAUGUGGACCAAGGUUGCCAUUUCUGUGGGGGCAAUCUCGGCAGCAGCACUGAGUGUGGUUGCUUACAAGGUGUUUCAUUUGGCAUGAACAAUGCAAGCACUGGAUAUAUAUAGACAGGGAAGAGGUUUUAUCCUUUGUACUUCGGACCCAUAUUAAUUGAAGAAAUUUAAAGUUAUAUGCAAAUUUGUCCCUUCUAGACAGUAUAAAAAUUUUAUUUAUUUGUUAAACAUGUAAUUACUAAUUUCUCCAUUAUUCGCUUUGGUCAGUGAUUGGCUUAUUUUCAUUAUACUUAUGCAUCAGCCUACAACACCACUUUCUCCUAGCAUAAUUACUGAAACCUAUAUUAACCUCUACCAUGGAAGGGUCCAUGUAAGGUGACCACCACUGUAUGACAUAUACCCUGGGCAUCUCCUGAAGGUACAAUGACAUGUCGUGUAGGUAGAUCUACUUGCACGGAUCCUUUAUUUGUAAAUGCAUAACUUGUGGAGGCAAGCACGCCCAGUGUGCAGCAGCAGUCAUCAUGAUAAAAUAUUAUUCCCAGGGCUUUUUUUACUGUUGCAAAAUGCAACAUUCAGAUAAAACACUUUAAUUCUGUUUAAUGAAAGGUGCAUGCCAUUAGGUAAAUUUUAUGUUGUCGCCAGUAUUUAAAAACCAAUGUCAGAUAUGUUUGCUAAUACUGUGCCUAUAGGGAAUUAAGCAUUGAGAAGAAUGUCCCUGGAAUAUGGAGUUCAGAUCGGUUUAUUAUUUUGUCAUUGGUUUAUCCCCAGUGUGUUACCUGCUAGCUGAUCACCUCCACAUAACAAAUAUACUAUUUAUAACUUUGCCCCAUACAUUUGGUUUAGCUACUGGUUAGGCUCUAAAGAGGUUAAAGGAAGAAUACUUAUUUUUACUGUCAGAGUAGCUGUGACUUUGUUCAGGUGUGGUAUACCAGCUUGGCUGUGUUUGUAAAUUUGUGUGAUGUUCGAAUUGUUUAUUGAUAUAUAGAUGCGAAUGGUAAAGAAUUGACAUUUAAUGGUACAUCAUCAAAUAGGCAUUAUCAUAGCAUGAGUAAGGGCCAUUUUAAUACGUAGUUGUAUUGGUUUAGGAAUGUGGUAAAUACGUGAUGCACUAUUCAAAUCAGGAGACCACGAAACACCAAAUUCUGUGCAGACGGUUGUGUGAAUGGUGGUUGUCUUGUCGUGAUUGUGUAACCUCGUACUUCUAUAGGGUGUAGGGAAAGAGCCGUAGGCGUGAAACAUAGCAACAGCGUAAGACAAGAAUCAAACACGAACUAGUAAAGUAACGUACCACAAACAGUUGUAUUGGUCAUAAUCUAACAACAAGUAAAGAGCAGAAACGUAAGGCUGGAUGUGUAUAACUAUACGUGAAUGACAUUCAAACAAAUGGAGAGGAAGUGCCUCCUGCUCCUUGUCACGGCGCUCUUAAAAUUUAUAUACCCGAACUUGUUGUUCGACCUCCCUGGUUACGACAUGCGCCGGCUGCGGGUUAUAAUAGAUUAUCCCGCACACCGGCCCGUCUGUUGACGUUGUUAGCUACCUUAUUGCCUCUACUAUUACCUUCACGCUGCAUCGCGCGCACCGAAUAUAUCAUCUAUUUCUCCCUGGCUCGUCGCCAACGCGACCCGCACGGCCUCAUGCCCAAACUAACAGUAAUUAACAGGUGAAACCAGCUCCGUUACAAUUGUACCGUUUAUGCCGCACAUAGUGUUGUACUCAUGCGAACCCUUCAAUUUUGUUUGAUAGCUGUGCUUGUUAAAAAAAUAUAUAUUUAGCAGUUAAGCAAAACGUCAGUAAGCGAAAAACGAAAGAGCGAAGAUAUUAAGGUUCUGCUGUUCUUUAAUAUCUAGAUUUUGGGAGUAUGUUCCUAGUGUAAUUGUGCGCGGUAAUGUCUAUGAUAUUCUAACGAUUUUCGUUUUUGAUCUUCGACAUCUGCAGCAUGAAUCAUGAUUUUUGCGUUGAAUAUUUCCUACUUUCUUCGCAUAUUUCUUUUUUUAAGUAUGUCAUAAAUGGUGUUAUUGCUGUCUCCUUUUUAUGUGGUUUAGUACUGCCCGUGCAAAAUUACAGAGCAGAUAUGUGGUCCAUUUUGUGUUCAAUAAAUAAGCACCGUGAAUUUGUCAUUAGAACUAAUAACGUUGUAAAUGUACUACGUACUGCGAUUUAUAGGUGGGACAUUGUAGCCAUUGAACAACUAUGUCGAGGAAUACUGAACUAAGAUGUGCCUAUUUGUGAUAGAUGAUUUUUUUAAAUAAAUAAACCAAUAAAUAAGAAAGGUCUUCAAAUA